ACACCUUUGCCUUAGCCCGCUAUUUUCGAAAUUAUCUCAGUUACCUUAGCAACACGUCGUAUUAAAUCAAUUGACUGGCCCAAAAAAGUUCUCCCACACAAAAACACAACGAAUUCCGAUACAAAACCGAAGAAGCUGGCAUACCGACAGAUAUUUCCGAGUUCGACUCAAAUCCGUAAGUAUUCCAUCGCGAAAUGAUUGCCAACAGCAGCGGAACGUCCCACAAUCGGAGCCGGAAGCCCAAGGAGCAGUGCGGAUCCUGUCCCAAUAGAUUCUCCAAGGAUAGGCGCCAGGCUGCAGCCGAGGACUCGGACACCACGGAGGUGGAGUCGUCCACGGACGAGGAGGAACGCUGGAAGGAAGUGGCUCGAGCCGCUGAAAUUCCGGCCGACUAUUAUAAUAUCCAGAAACUGGUGAAGUACAUCAAGGCGGGCAAUCAGACAGCCACUAUAGUAUCGUUGUGCUGCUUGAAGGACUACGAUCUGAGCACCCAGAUCAACCAGUUCGCCAUCUCGGACAUCGGCGGCCUCGAUGUCCUGGUGAACAUCCUGGAGUGCAGCGACACCAAGUGCUGUUUGGGCGCCCUCACAGUUCUCUCGGAUAUCACACUGAACAUCGACAUUAGGAAGACCAUCGUGGACUUGGAUGGCAUUCCGCUCAUCGUGGACAUCCUCAACUCCUCCAUGAAGGACCUGAAGACCAUGGCCGCCGAAACACUGGCCAACGUGUGCAAGGUGCGACUGGCCAGGAAGUAUGUGCGCACCUGCGGCGGCAUCCCCAAGCUGGUGGAUCUCAUCGACAUCAAGUUGAGCAUUUUAAAGACGCCGCGUGACCAACUGAGUGCAGAUGACCUGGAAUCUCUGGACAUGACUCGCGCUGGAGCCCGAGCCCUUUUCAGCUUGGCCGAUUCCAAGCACAACAUGGAGCAGAUGCGCAAGAGCGGAAUCGUUCCCUUGAUGGCUCAGCUUCUUAAGUCCUGCCACAUCGACGUGGUCAUACCCAUAAUGGGCACCGUUCGAAAGUGCUCCUCGGAGCCCAAGUUCCAACUGGCCAUCACCACGGAAGGCAUGAUUCCCGACAUUGUGACCCAUUUGAGUUCUGAAAAUACCGAGCUCAAGAUGGAGGGCAGUACAGCGAUCUACAAGUGCGCCUUCGACGGCAGCACCAGGGAGUUGGUGAGGGAGGCUGGGGGCCUGGAGCCCUUGGUCACCAUCAUAAAGGACAAGAACGUGAGGGACAACAAGCCCCUAUUGAGAGGCGCCACCGGAGCGAUUUGGAUGUGUGCCGUAACCGAUGCGAAUGUCAAGGUACUGGAUCAACUGAGGACGGUCAACCACCUGGUGGCCUUGCUAAAUGAUGAGUGUGACGAGGUCCUGACGAAUGUGACCGGCGCGUUGUCUGAAUGUGUGAGGUUUCAAAGCAACAGGGAGUACUUGCGUCAAGCUGGAGGACUACCAGCAAUGGUCUCCCUACUUAACAGCUCCCACGCACCUCUGCUCGAAAAUCUGGCCAAGGGCUUGAAGGAGUGUGCCGAGGAUCCAGAGAGCAUGAGGAUCCUGGAGGAUCUGGACGCGGUCAGGCUGAUAUGGUCGCUGUUGAAGAACCCCACCGCCAGGGUUCAGGCCCAUGCGGCUUACGCCAUAUGUCCCUGUGUUCGAAAUGCCAACGAUUCCGCUGAAUUGGUCCGGAGCUUGGUUGGCGCCAUGGAACUGGUGGUGGGUCUGCUGAAGUCCAAGGACAUCAUGGUGUUAUCCGCCGUCUGUGCUGCCAUUGCCACGAUUGCCCAGGAUCAAACCAAUCUAGCCAUCCUAACCGACCUGAAGGUGAUCUACAAGCUGGCCGAUCUCGUCCAGACCACCGACGACCUCCUUCGCAUGAAUUUGGCAGCUGCCGUCGCCGCCUGUGCCUGCUUCGGUAAUAACACGGAGGAGCUGGGACGCCUGCGCACUGUGACUCCGAUUGUCACCUACAUGACCAGCGACAAUCCCUUGGUGCACCGCAGCACGGCCAUGGCGCUGGAGAAGCUAUCGAUGGAUCCGCAGAACUGCAUUACCAUGCACCAGAGUGGAGUUGUGCCCUUCCUGCUGGAGUGCAUUGGGUCCACUAACAAGGAGCUCCAGUUGGCCGCCGCUGGAUGUCUGAGGAAUAUCCGAGAACUGGCCUUGCGGGCCGAGGAGUAUCUGCUUAAAAUCGACGAUGACUAGCUUCCUGUUUUCUUCCUUGUUAAGUUAUUUAAUUGUAUUUGACCAAAUAUAUGUGUAUGCCGAUGCAGCCAAUUG